AUGUCAGAAUUAUCAGUUAAGUCUUUACAAGAAUGGUCUAAGAAGUUAGACGGUGAUAAUAAUACUCAGUUAGCUGCCGCAGUAUUGAGAACUUAUAAUGUAGAUGAAUCAUUAGUUAAUCGGGAUGUUUUCAUUAAAAAUACUACAAAAAUUUUCAACAAUUCGGUUGAAAUUGAAGGAUCUCCUAUAACAAAUCAAAAAUCAAGCGGUAGAUGUUGGUUAUUUGCAGCAACAAAUGUUUUACGAUUGGAAAUCAUGAAAAAAUUCAACUUGAAAGAGUUUCAAUUCAGUCAAAACUAUCUAUUCUUUUUCGAUAAACUAGAAAAAUGUAAUUUUUUUUUAAAUCAGUUCGCUGACGAGAUUGAUAAUAAUGGGAAUGACAUUGAUUCGAGAUUGAUUCAGUUUAUGUUAACCGAUCCCACCGGUGAUGGUGGGCAAUUUGAUAUGUUCAUCAAUAUCGUUGAAAAAUACGGGUUGGUUCCCCAUUCUUUAUAUCCAGAUACGUAUUCAUCAACUGCUUCAAGAGCUCUUAACUUCUUAUUGAAAACAAAAUUGAGGGAAUUUGCAGAACAAUUGAAAACAGCUAAAUCCCAAGGUGAAAAAGUCAAACCAUUAAUUGAAGAAAUGCAAGCUGAAAUUCAUCGUCUUAUGGUUAUUUUCCUUGGUAAACCACCUUCAAUUAAUGAGAAGUUAACUUGGGAAUUUAAAAAUAAGUCUGAUGAGGUUAAAUCUUUGGAAAUCACUCCAAUUUCUUUCUAUAAAGAAACUCUCGGCAUUGAUCUUACCAAUUAUGUAUCAUUGCUUAAUGAUCCAAGAAACAGUUACAACACCAAUGUUCAAAUCGAUAAAUUAGGAAAUGUUCAAGGAGGUAAAUUAGUUAAGUAUCUUAAUUUACCUAUUGAAGAAGUGAUUCAAUAUGCCAUUAAAAGUAUCCAAAACAACAAGGCAAUUUUUUUCGGAACCCAUACUCCUAUUUACAUGGAUAAGAAAAAGGGUAUUAUGGAUGAAUCAUUAUUCAAUUAUAAGUUGAUUGGAUUUGAAACAAAACAAUCAAAGGCAAGUAGAAUUCAAUAUAAGCAAUCAUUAAUGACCCAUGCCAUGGUUAUUACUGCCGUUCAUUUAGAUUCAAACAAUGAACCAAUUCGUUGGAAAGUUGAAAACUCUUGGGGUGAUAGUUCAGGUCAAAACGGAUAUUACGUUAUGGAUAAUCAAUACUUCAAGGACUACGUUUACCAAGUAGUCAUUGACAAAGCCGACUUAUCGCAAGAACACAUUGAGAUGCACGACGAUGACUUCAAAAACAUCGUGUUACCUCCGUGGGAUCCAAUGGGUGCUUUGGCAGUAUUUUCAGAUCAAGUUGAAUUGGUAUGAAAGGGCUAAGUAUAAAAAUUUAGCAGUAAUUCUUUUCAGUUACCCGCACUACUUUUUUUUCAUAUAAAGCGACGAC